AACUUUUGGAGGACAAUGGAUAAUGGGAAUCAUUCAAUAGUGACAGAAUUUAUCCUUAUGGGAUUAACAGACAAGCCAGAACUCCAGCUCCCCCUCUUCUUUCUCUUCCUACAAAUAUAUAUUAUCUCCAUGAUGGGGAAUGUGGGCUUACUCCUACUUAUCAGGAUCAGUUCUCAGUUACAUACCCCCAUGUACUAUUUUCUCAGUAACUUGUCCUUUAUUGAUCUCUGCUUCUCCUCUGUCAUAACACCUAAAAUGUUGGUGAGCUUUGUAUCAGAGAAGAACAUCAUCUCCUACUCAGGGUGCUUGACCCAGUUCUUUUUCUUCUGUACUUUCUGUAUUGCUGACUGCUUCAUGCUGACAGCCAUGGCCUAUGAUCGCUAUGUUGCCAUCUGUAGCCCCCUGCUCUAUAACAGCACCAUGUCUCAGAACAUCUGCUUCCUGUUGGUGGUAGGAGUGUAUGCCAUGGGUGCCUUUGGGGCUAUUACUCACACCAGCUGUUUAACUAGAGUGUCCUUCUGUGGAAACAAUAUGAUCAGUCAUUAUUUCUGUGACAUCCCUCCCCUUCUGAAGCUCUCCUGCUCUAGCACCUACAUCAAUGAGCUUUUGGUGAUGCUUCUCGUCGUGGUCAAUUCAUUGGUGUCAACUUUACCCAUCUUUAUUUCUUAUGUGUUCAUCCUAUCCAGCAUCCUCAGCAUCCAUUCUGCUAAGGGCAGGUCCAAAGCCUUCAGCACUUGUGGAUCCCACCUGGUAUCUGUGGCAGUUCUGUAUGGCUCCAUCAUUUUUAUGUACUGUCAGCCUGCAUCAACCAGCAACAUCACUCAACAGAAAGUGUCCUCAGUGAUCUAUACCACAGUCAUCCCCAUGCUAAACCCCUGGAUCUAUAGUCUAAGGAAUAAGGAUGUGAAGGAUGCACUAAGGAAAAUCAAGAAGGACUGGGUAGUUUCCUGGUGCAAGCAGCACAAUUAA